AUGGCAGAGUCAACCCAUUCCUCCACUACUUCCCAAGGCCGACCCAGUGGUGCUGAAUCGACAGGCAGCGAUUCCGCAACCCCAGAAGGCGCUCCUAUUGAGGCUGCUAUACGCAGGAGGUCUAAGGAAAGAUGGGGUCUGGGCGACAGCACCGCCUUGCUUCUGGGAGGCGAUGAACCUUACAUGGAGCCUCGUUCGCCUAUAGCCACGGUGAGCUACUUCGACAGCUCCCAACGUAGUCAGGCCCUAGAGAGUAUCGGCUAUGGCCCUGACCCGAGCACUACUGCUGAGGACAGUAGGGAGGGUGUAGACGAGAACAAUGGUGCUUCUAUAGAGCAGUCUAUGAGUAUUGAAGAGCUCUGGGAUAAGGUCCUCCACGAUACAUUGUACUUGGACAUAGUAGGGGCGACUAACGCCUGCAACAAGCUCAUCAUCCAUCCUGAUGCUGAUGACUUCCAAGUCGUCAAGGCGGGUGUUGCUGGAGCUAAUAGCUCGGUGGAGGCCUCAACACAUGCCAUUUCUGAGCAGUUCAAGAUAGACUUGGACACUACUCUAUCGCAUACCGAGGAAAGUGUGGACGACUCUGCGCGGUCCAACUGCUCAAGUCCAUCUAUCCUCUAUCGCUUGGCCAUGGCCUUGCGGUAUCUGUGGGUCGGUCGAGUACAUGAGCUAUUGGAAUCCUCAUUGCAGAGUGCCCUCUCGAAGGGCUUGUUGGACAGCCUCCUCGUGUGUGGCGGAGGAGAAGCUCACGCGGGCGUAUUUGCGGACAUUAUCAAAAAGUACACUGAGUUGACCCAUGGCGACAUUCAGUCAAUUGCUCUCAUUUUCUGCCAUGUGCCAUUACUAGCCUCUUCUGCACACACAAGGGCCUUCGUUGACGGUAUUGUUAACCAGUACUUGUCCAUGCUCAAUCGAUGGCAGCUGUGGUCUUUGCGAUCCGAACUGGAGCAAUAUCGGCAGCUUAAUUCCCCUACAGGGUAUUCAGCGCCUCAGCAGAUCAUAUGUUGUUACUAUUGUGGAGGUAACCUCACAGGCCAACCCUCUAGAGGACAGCAGGGCAUGUCCUCACUUAUUAUGGAUAAUACCCGAGAUCCAUUCACUUGGCGAUGUCCUUAUGCACGAUGCCACAAACCAGUACCGAACUGCGCCCUUUGCUUAAUGCCAAUAACAAUUGUGAAUCAAGGUGCAAGGAAAAGAAAUGCCGCUCAUCGGCUGCCAUUGAACGAAUGGAGUGGUUCGCGCAUCAUGACGAGUGCCCAGUCGCUGGAUGCGGUUGUUGUUGUAACUCUCUAG